GGCUCCGACGCAGACAUGGUGGACUGAUCCCCGGCGGGGCCGAGAGCAGGGCUUCCUGAGGCGUCCCCCGCGCGUGGCCCCGCCGCGCCCCGCGCCCCGCAGCCCCCCGCCGGCGCCCGCGUCGGGUGCGGCGGCCGGGCCGGGCAUUCGCGUUCCCGCCGCGUCCCGCGCCCGGUCCCUAUGGAGGCGCCGCUCGCCGGCGAGGCCGCCGACCAUGCCUAGGAGGGCCGGGAGCGGGCAGCUGCCGCUACCCCGGGGCUGGGAGGAGGCCAGGGACUACGACGGCAAGGUCUUCUACAUCGACCACAACACCAGGAGGACCAGCUGGAUCGACCCCCGGGACAGGUUAACGAAGCCCUUGUCGUUUGCCGAUUGUGUUGGGGAUGAACUUCCGUGGGGCUGGGAAGCAGGGUUUGACCCACAGAUUGGUGUCUACUACAUCGAUCACGUCAACAAAACCACCCAGAUUGAAGACCCACGGAAGCAGUGGAGGGGGGAGCAGGAGAAGAUGCUGAAGGACUACCUCUCGGUGGCCCAGGACGCCCUCAGGACACAGAAGGAGCUGUACCACGUGAAGGAGCAAAGGCUGGCUUUGGCCCUCGAUGAAUAUGUACGAUUAAAUGAUGCCUAUAAGGAAAAGUCAAGUUCUCACACAAGCUUAUUCUCAGGAUCUUCAUCGAGCACUAAGUACGAUCCCGAUAUUUUAAAAGCGGAGAUCUCCACUACGCGGUUAAGGGUUAAAAAGCUGAAGAGAGAACUCUCACAGAUGAAGCAAGAAUUGCUCUAUAAAGAACAAGGCUUUGAGACAUUGCAACAAAUUGAUAAGAAAAUGUCUGGGGGCCAGAGUGGCUAUGAACUUAAUGAAGCCAAAGCCAUUCUAACGGAACUGAAAUCUAUCAGAAAGGCUAUCAGCUCAGGAGAAAAAGAAAAGCAGGAUCUGAUGCAGAGUCUUGCUAAGCUACAGGAGCGGUUCCAUUUGGAUCAGAGCAUGGGCACAUCCGAGCCAGACUUGAGGUCCAGUCCGGUGAACUCCCAUCUGUCUCUUUCCAGACAGACCCUUGACGCCGGGUCACAAACCAGCAUUUCUGGAGAUAUCGGAAUGAGAAGUAGAUCAAAUUUAGCUGAAAAGGUCAGGCUGAGCCUACAGUAUGAAGAAGCCAAAAGAAGUAUGGCCAACUUAAAAAUUGAACUGUCGAAACUGGACAGUGAGACCUGGCCCGGGGCGCUGGAUAUCGAGAAGGAGAAGCUGAUGCUGAUCAAUGAGAAAGAAGAGCUUUUGAAAGAGCUGCAGUUCGUCACCCCACAGAAGCGCACCCGCGAUGAGCUGGAGCGACUGGAGGCCGAGAGGCAGCGGCUGGAGGAGGAGCUGCUGGCCGUGCGGGCCCCGCCGAGCCGGGCGCUGGCCGAGAGAUUGCAGUUGGAAGAGCGAAGGAAAGAGCUGCUACAGAAACUUGAGGAAACUACUAAGUUAACUACUUAUUUGCACUCACAACUUAAAAGCCUCUCUGCCAGCACCCUGUCCAUGUCGUCCGGGAGCAGCCUGGGCUCCCUGGCCUCCAGCCGGGGGUCUCUGAACACGUCCAGCAGAGGCUCGCUCAGCUCCCUCAGUUCCGGAGAGCUCUACUACACCAGUCAGGGCGACCAGGUGGACACGGAUUAUCAGUGUAAACUGGACCUCCUUCUGCAGGAGAAAGGCGGCUACAUUCCUUCUGGACCCAUCACCACCAUCCAUGAGAACGAGGUGGUCAAGUCCCCCAGCCAGCCCGGCCAGAGCGGCCUCUGUGGGGCCGCAGCCACGGCCACAGGCCACACCCCCUCACGGACUGAGGCCCCCAAGUCCGUGACGUCCCUGUCCUCACGGUCCUCCCUCUCCUCCUUGUCCCCUCCUGGCUCUCCCCUGGUCCUGGAAGGCACGUUCCCCAUGUCUUCUCACGAUGUCCCUCUCCAUCGGUUCACCGCUGACUUUGAAGACUGUGAAUUGAGCAGCCAUUUUGCAGAUAUUGGCCUCAGUGACAAUCAGAUCUUGCUGGACUCGAACUCAGGAGGAGUGUCCCAGUCUCUUGCAGAGGACAAAGACCUCAGCGAGUGUGCCCGGGAACCCUUGUAUGAAGGAACUGCAGACGUGGAAAAAUCAUUACCGAAAAGAAGAGUGAUCCACUUGCUUGGGGAGAAGACUGCUUGUGUGUCAGCUGCCGUGUCUGACGAGUCUGUGGCUGGAGACAGUGGCGUUUACGAAGCGUUUGUGAAACAGCCUAGUGAAGUUGAAGAUGUUCCGUACAGCGAAGGGGAUGUCACCAUCGUGGAGACUGCCCAGGUGCAGAUCGGACUCAGAUACGAUGCCAGAAGGUCAAGUUUCAUGGUGAUUUUAGCACAGCUCCGAAAUCUCCAUGCCUUCUUGAUACCUCACACUUCAAAAGUAUAUUUUAGGGUUGCUCUGCUUCCCUCCUCGGCCGAUGUCAGCUGUCUGUUCCGAACAAAAGUCCAUCCAGCCACAGAAUCCAUUCUGUUCAAUGAUAUGUUCAGGGUGGCCAUCUCCCAAACAGCCUUGCAGCAGAAGACCCUGAGGGUGGACCUCUGCCCCGUCAGUAAACACCGAAGCGAGGAGUGCCUGGCUGGAACUCAGAUCAGCCUGGCCGAUUUACCGUUUUCCAAUGAGAUUUUCACUCUGUGGUAUAACUUGCUUCCUUCUAAACAAAUGUCUUGCAAAAAGAAUGAUGAAGAAAAUGAGGAUUCCGUAUUUCAACCAGACCAGCCGUUAAUCGAUCCUAUCGACCUGGACGCUGUGUCAGCCCUCUUGGCACGAACGUCAGCCGAGCUGUUGGCGGUGGAGCAGGAGCUGGCGCAGGAGGAGGAGGAGGAGGAGGAGCCAGGACAGGAAGACGAGCAAAGGGGCCCAGAUGGAGACUGGCUGACAAUGCUGCGAGAGGCCUCUGAUGAAAUCGCGUCUGAAGAAGAGGCCAACAUGAAGUUGCCCAAGGGGGGUCGUCGUGCAGGAGACCUGUGCUCGCGCCUCAGUGCGCCCGAUGUGGAGGAGGACGUGGGCAGGAGACAGGACGGCGGCGCUGAAGAGCGUGGGCGCCGCCCGCCCGGUGGGCCGUCCACCCUGGUCGAUAAAGAGACCAACACCGAGGAGGCUGGUGACGCCAGGGUGGCAGUUCGCCCCAAGGACCGCGGCGGCCUGAGCACCCAGCAGCGCCCCUUCGUGCGGAGCAGCGUGAUCGUGCGCUCACAGACCUUCUCCCCGGGGGAGCGGAGCCAGUACAUCUGCAGGUUGAAUCGAAGUGACAGUGACAGCUCAACCCUGGCUAAAAAAUCCCUGUUUGUGAGAAACUCCACCGAACGUCGCAGCUUGAGGGUCAAAAGGACGGUGUGCCAGCCCGUCCUGAGAAGAGCGGCGCAGGAGCGGCCGGCGCGCACGUCGCUGGACCUGGAGCUGGACCUGCAGGCGUCCCUGACCCGGCAGAGCCGCCUCAACGACGAGCUGCAGGCGCUGAGGGGCCUGCGGCAGAAGCUGGAGGAGCUGAAGGCUCAGGGGGAGACCGACCUUCCGCCGGGCGUGCUGGAGGAUGAGCGCUUCCAGAAGCUCCUGAAGCAAGCCGAGAAGCAGGCCGAACAGUCCGAAGAGGAGCAGAAGCAGGACUUGAACGCGGAGAAACUGAUGCGGCAAGUGUCCAAGGACGUGUGCCGGCUGCGAGAGCAGAGCCGGAAGGUGCCGCGCCAGGUGCAGUCCUUCAGGGAGAAGAUCGCCUACUUCACCAGGGCGAAGAUAAGCAUCCCGUCCCUGCCGGCCGAUGAUGUGUGAACACGUCCCUGAAGAAAUCCUGUGGUCUCCUGCCCUUUCUUAGGGAGGGCACAAGACUGAGCGUUUGUUUGCUUCGGGGGCGGGGGGGGGGUUCUUUUUGUUACAUAACUAUCAACUCUUAAAGAGCUUUUAUUUCGCAUCAGAUUUUCAACAUGUUAAUUUGUAAAGUACCUUGAAUGUAAUUCUUGUAUGUUUAAUAGAGAAAAGAAAUCAGAUAACCAAAACGGGCUGAUCGGGUACACGAACGUCCGGUGCCUGCGUAUUGCCCACGGGCCGUAUUUUCUAGAAGUGGGACAGAGGCAGCACCCCUUGCCUGUCCCGGUGAGCCAGCCGUUGAGAACUAGCCGGGCCGAGCAGAAGGUGAUUUUUGCUUUUCCUUGGCUGUGCGGUGAGCAGACCGCCGAGCCCCGGCCGGGCGGUGCUGCGUACAGGAGGCCAGCCCUGCCGACUUCAAGUCCAGUGUCAACGCCUUUCCGGCGCCACCUGAGAAACAGGCGUUUGCGCUCACGGCCGCCACCUCUGUCGGAGCCCUUGUUUCCUUAAAACAGCUUCCUUUUUGUCCUUUUCUUUUAGUCUACAGAAGGCAGACUGCGGUGAGGGUCCCAGCACAGCAAGGAGCAGCGCUCCUGUGAUUGGCCACCUCCAGAGCAGGGUAGAGGAAGGGAGAGAGCGGGGAGCCUGCACACCGCCAGCGGGCCCCUCGGAGCACCGGCCGCCUCUGACACAGCUGGGCUCGUGUCCGCGCUGCGAGGGGUUGCGGGGUCCCGGCUUGCGCCCAUAUGCUGUGGCCUGAGUGUGAGGAUGGCCCCCCGCCCGCCACGCGGGGGCCACCGUGAUGCCCCCGGUCCCCACCCGCCACGUGGAGGGACCCGCAGCAGCGCGCGCCUGGGGAAACCGGGAGUCCUGGCUGAAUCAAAGUCGCCAAAAAGAAAUUUGUUUUCACUUUAUUAAACAGAUUUCUAACAUUUGCUAGAAAUUAUCUUGCAGCUCUCGUUUUUAGGGCAUCCUGUCUGCAAUUUGCGGCGAGGAGGGCCAAGAGAAGAGUGUGCCUGGGGGGAGAUUGUUGAUUGGAAAUCUCAGCCACAGCAGUUGUGUAAGAAAACAGUUCUCAAUGAACUAAUGUCGAGAGAGAAAAUGGCUCCAGGUCCCCCCGUGUAGACUGUCUGUCAGCCCACCGGCCCCACGCACUGCCUACACGGAACUCGGAACUCGCCUGCUCUGCCCGCAUAAAGGCUUUUGAAAUAAAAAGCAUUUAUGCGACUUAACUCAUACUUAUCAGUCAGUUCUCCUGGAAGAGGCAGUUUUUGGUCAGCCAUCUUACAUAGCAAACUACAUGUUUAUUUGGGGUUUUUUGAGAAAUACAAAAUCCUCUUAAAGGGACAGAGCCCUUAAAAAAAAUAAGAAGUUCUAUUUCUCAGCAUCCUCAGCAAGAGUUUUCAGUUUCUUGUAAGUAAUUAUUACAUAUUUUGGAAAGUUCAUUUUAGCAGAAUCCAAAUUCGAAGUAAGCAAUUCCUGAGCCUAGAACUUUACUUUUUCCCAAGUUGUCCCACCACUUCUCUCUAAAAGUCCCUGAAGCCGUAACUGGAUGUGACACCACUCUGAACAAAAACCAGCCUCGCGACUGCGCCUUCUAUCAGAUGACUAAGGAAAACCAGGGCAGGAAUGCCGUUCACCCUUGUCAAGGUCAAAUGUGAAAGACAGAAGUUUAUUUAAUAUAGAGCUAAAUGAAGGUCAGCCGUUUUCAGCUUCGUAGUGUGACCGUGAAAAUGUUUAUAGAAUUAUGUGUAGUUGUACCGUACGAUUUUAUUUUCUUCAUUUAUUUAUUUACGGUCUUAUUUAUGUUCUGUUUAAUAUAUAGUUCGGUUCUGGCCAUUUUAAAUGUUUGACACAGAAGAGGCUAUAUUGGACUAUCUACACCUUUAUAAAUAAUCUUCCUCAGAUUAGCUAUUCACUCUUUGUAACACAAAAAGUUUCAGACAAGAAUACAAGAAUAAAAUCUGUCUCAGGCUGGUAGUUAACAGUUGUGACCAAGAUGCUUCUGGUUUUAUUUUACAAGAUGUGCUCCUUUCUAACAUGAGAAGUGAACUUAUUUUAAUAUAAUCCUUUUCCACACUUUAAAAAUCAGCAAUAGUGUUAUGUAUUUACAGGCAGCUUUUCACAAUUCUGUCCUAUUUGUACUAACCCAAAUGAUUCACAGUGACAAAACAUUUUAAUAACUUGAUCACAAGACUAUAUGAACAAUAUGAAUUUUAAUAUUAUAAAUACUAUUUUUUAAAGGUAGAAUCUAUUCUGCACAGGGUAAAAAGAAUGUAAUAUUUAGGUCUCAAUUUUGAAUUAUCAGUAUGUUAUUAUAAUUUUGUAUAUUGGAAUCUAAGUUACAGGUACAAAAAAAUAUUGCUAGCCAAAUGAACAAAGUUUAGCUGAAUCUCUGUGGCAUGCAAAUCAAAUUUAAAAUCUUUUUUUUUUUUUUGCUAUUACUUUAUCUAUAUUGUAUUAAAUAUCAAAAGCUCAGGACUGAACUAAAUAUUUAAUCAGGUUAAAUUCUGAAUAUGUUUCUGUUUUAAUUUGUCUCGUUUGUCAAAGUAUGCAAAUACAUCACAUAGAUUAACUUUGGUUUCUGCACUUUUCCUGUGUGUGUGGGUGGAAAAAAGUUCAGUGUUUUUCUUUUUUUAAACAAAGAUGCAUAUUGCCUCAUACUUUA